AUCAUAUUUUACAAACACCAGUCCAGAUGAAGUUACCCUGUUGGUCUCGAAACGUCAGCUUCAAAACCUAAAUAUUUUUUGCAAACAUGUCCAUUAUGGCUUCACCUUCUCCGGGCGCGGCUCCGGACGGCUCCUCUCACACCGUGCACUGGUCCUCAGCCGUCGCCCUCCACCCUCACAUCAUGGCCGUCAUUCUAACCGCCGCCUCGUGCGCCAUCAUCUUCACCAACCUGCUGGUAGCCGCCGCUCUGCUCAAAAUCCUCCUCAAAAAGAAACGCCAGAGCUGGUGUUUUGUGCUGAACCUGGCCGUGGCGGACACGUUGGUCGGAGUCGCCAUCACAGGGUUGGCGACGGAGGAUUUUAACAUGAGCGAGCACAACGGUAACAACGGUACGCAGAGCAGACAAAGCAUGGCCGCCGCUGCUCAUGGUCGGAGCAGGUGUCUUUUGAGGAUGACGUUCGUGAGCUCGCCUUGCAUCGCCUCCAUCAUGUCCAUGUUUCUGAUAUCGUUGGACCGUUACGCCGCCAUCAAAACGCCCUUAAAAUACGCGCAGAAGUCGGGCAGGACAGUGGCGUUCUGGGCCCUGUUGUCUCUCUGGGUCUGUGCGUUUGUUUUGGGCUUCAUGCCAGUGCUGGUACCGUUUCUGCAGUCCGACCAGUACCACGGCUUGUGUGACUUUUUCUCAGUGAUCUACGAUGUGGGGAUCAUUAUUCUGUACAGCAUCUGCUUCUUCCCCAUUGUCUCCGUGUUCCUCUACAUCUACCUGGACAUCCUGAAGAUCGCAUGUUCUCACCAGAGGCAGAUCCUGCAGGUGAGGCAGGCGGGCUCCAGGACCAGUGAGCAUGACAGCACUGCAGACCACCACAACAAGCCGAGGAGCCCGUACUGGAGCCACGUGCGAGCCCUGCGCACCGUGGCCAUGCUGGUGGGCUGCUUCCUGCUCCUCUGGUGCCCCUUCUUCAUCACGGGUAUGGUGAAGCUGAUAUGUGGAGGUUGUCAACUCACACAGCUCCUGGAGGGCUACCUCUUUCUACUGGGACUGUCCAACUCACUCCUUAAUCCACUGGUCUACGCCUUCUGGCAGAGGGAGGUACGGCAGACACUCGCCCAAAUGUUCUCAGUCUGCAACCGAAAGACCCAGAGACAGUCAGGGACUGGAGGAAGCACCCAUCACCAGCACAACACAAACAGAGACGAUGUUAAUGCGAAGUGUGCAAGCUAA